CAACACCGCUCCUGACUUCUCCAGUUUUAGCACCAUCCUCUGUGCAGGCAGGAAUGCAGGUUCGAGCAUCAGUAGCUGUAGCACCAUCUCAUUACCAGCCUUCAUCCCCAGCCCAGACCACAACUGCAGCACCAUCUCAUCUCCAGCCAUCAGCAUCAGUUGUAGCACCAUCUUUUCUCCAGCCAUCAUCACCAGCCCAGACCACAACUUUAGCACCAUCUCAUCUCCAGCAAGCAGCAACAAUUGUAGCACCAUCCCUUCUCCAGCCAUCAUCACCAGCCCAGACCACAACUUUAGCACCAUCUCAUCUCCAGCAAGCAGCAACAAUUGUAGCACCAUCCCUUCUCCAGCCAUCAUCACCAGCCCAGACCACAACUUUAGCACCAUCUCAUCUCCAGCAAGCAGCAACAAUUGUAGCACCAUCCCUUCUCCAGCCAUCAUCACCAGCCCAGACCACAACUUUAGCACCAUCUCAUCUCCAGCAAGCAGCAACAAUUGUAGCACCAUCCCUUCUCCAGCCAUCAUCACCAGCCCAGACCACAACUUUAGCACCAUCUCAUCUCCAGCAAGCAGCAACUAUUGUAGCACCAUCUCAUCUCCAUCCAUCAUCACCAGACCAGACCACAACUGUAGCACCAUCUCAUUUCCAGGCAACAGUUGUAGCACCAUCUCAUCUCCAGCCAUCAUCACCAGACCAGAUAUCUGCUAUGGACAAUGAUGAUCCUGUGUUGCAUGAAUGGAUCAAUGCAGGAACUCCAGAUGUGUAUUACAGAAUAAUCCAACCAGCAACUGAUGACUUAAGCACAGAAGUUCUGAUUGGAGAAAACCUCAUGGUUCUGUCAGAUGCUGAAGAAGAAGUUAUGUUGCGCUCUCCCAGUAAAACCAACACAGAAGAUAAUGCAGAAGACUUGGCUGAAAUUCUGACAUCAUUCCAGAAAGAAAACCUUGACACACAAGACCAUGCCAUUGUUGUUGCAAGGCGGUCAAAAAUUCUCCAAAGCGCCUGUCAAGCAUUGUCAAAGAGCUACUUUGCAUGGCACAGAACUCCACGAAUUGAGUUUGUUGGAGAGUCUGCUGAAGAUUUUGGUGGUCCACAAAGAGAGUUUUUAAGGCUCUUAAUGAUAGAUGUACAGUCAGCACUUGGAAUUUUUGAAGGAAAACAAGGCCAGGUUUUUUUCGCCUACAAUCAGACAGCUUUAGAACAGAACCGAUUUUACACUGGUGGGAAACUCAUUGCAUGGUCAAUAAUUCAUGGAGGUCCAGGGAUUAAGGCCCUUCAUUCUGCUUUAUAUUUGCUGAUGUGUGGACAGGAAGGGCAAUUGGACAAGUUUGAUUUUCAAGACUUGCCUGAUAAUGAAGUGCACUUUAAGAUGCAGCAGAUCCUUCAGUGCACAAGUGUGAGUGACCUCAUUUCACUGAAGGCCAAUCUUGGUGACUGGAUUGCAGAUUGUGGGGUACCCUGGAUCUACAAUGCUGGCCUUUCUGACAUGCUUAGAGUUUACAGCCUUGUGAUUAAACACUUCAUUUAUCUAAGGCCUGCCAGCAUGAUUUCACAGUUCAAAGCAGGGGUCAAUUCGUGUGGGUUACUUUGGCAGAUAGUGGAAAACAACUGGAAGGUCUGCAAGCCUCUUUUUACAAAUACACAGAAGCCAUUGUCAAGAAGUGAGUUUAGAGACCUUUUUGUUGUGAACUGGAGUCAGGAAGGUAGUAACAGAAGAGAGGCUGAAGAAGAGACCAUCUUUUCCUGGGAAUGUUUGCUCAACAGCAUCCAAGAAAAAGCAUCUCCUUUGACUUUUGAGGAUCUUUUGACAUUCCUGUCUGGUGCUGAUUGUCUGCCUCCCCUGGGUUUCCACAAGAAAGCCGAGGUCGACUUUUAUACACAAGACAAUGGAAGUCGAAGAAUUCCUUUUGCAUCAACUUGUUCAAUGGUUCUUUUCUUACCAAGAGGUGUACAAGAUGAAACUGAAUUAGAAAAACUUCUAACUGAAGCAGUAAAAGGCUCGGUGGGGUUUGGAAAAAUUUAAAAUUAGUACAGUCAGUGUUGUUAAACUUGCACAUCUUGUUACCAAAAUUUUAUAAACCAAGAUAACACUUUAUAACAUCUAAUUGAAAUGUUUAAUGAUGUGCGAGUUGUUAGUAGUUGUUUUAACAGUUAUUGUUAAGGAAAGCAAAAAAUGCAUGUUUUAAAAGCUCCUUUUGGCUUAAAGUACAAAGCUUAUUUAAAUUGUAAAAAUUUUCAUCAAAGAUGAAUGUUGAAAAACUACAAAGGAUGCACUUUAUAAACAAAUUUAUUUUCCAAAACGGUUGCU